GUUCACAAAGACCAACAUCCGCUUUGACGGCAAGAGAGAUCACAUUGACAGGACAAGCAGGUGUUGCGAGCGAGCACGAACGGGUAACUUGCUUUCAUUGAACGGACAGCCACUGUCUCCCCCCUCUCCUCCUCCCCCCCUAAGCAAACGCGACCAUGGCCAACGCUCCGCCCACCCACGAGGCACACUUUGUUAUUGGCGGCAACGGCUUCCUCGGCUCGUCCAUCGUGCGCCUCCUGCAAGCACGUGGCGAACCAUCCGUGCACAUCUUUGACCUAUCCCAGCCUCUGGUACCAGUCGAGAAGGUUUCGUACCAUGUAGGCGACAUCACCAAGCUCGAUUCACUCAAGCGUGCACUGUCCGACGCGAGCAACCAGAACGUCAGCAGUACCGUGAGCGCCGCAAAAGGCAGAGGCGAGGUGGUCAUCUACCACACUGCCAGCCCCGUCGCCGGGCUUGCAAAGGAGUUGUACGAAAAGGUCAAUGUGCAAGGGACAGAAAACGUCAUCAAGGCGGGAAAGGAGCUCGGCAUCCGGAAACUCAUCUUCACUUCGUCAGCCGGCGUGCUUUUCACCGGCCAAGAUCUCAUCAAUGUCGACGAGCGCUUGCCUUACCCUGAAGUCCCUUUAGAUGCGUACAACGAUACCAAGGCUCGUGCAGAGGACGCUGUGCUCAAAGCAAAUGACUCAGAAUCUUCCACCGGUCUUCGCACCGUUGCCCUCCGUCCCGCCGGAAUCUUUGGCGUGAACGACCGACAAGCGCUUCCGGGCUUCUUCCAGGUGCUGGCGACAGGGCGCGCGAACAUGCAGAUUGGAGACAAUGAGAACCUAUUCGACUGGACCUACGUUGACAACGUCGCGCAUGCACACUUGCUUGCCGCAGACAAGCUUGGUGAGGAGAUUAGGCAGGGCAAAGCAGCUUCGUACGCGUCUGAGCGACUAGGGUACGAGCAUCUGUCCGAGAAGAUCAUGGCACCCGAAGAGGCCAAGCGAUACAGGAGCGUACCGACGUCGGAAAGCCGGCCAUCACCACCGGGCGCCACAGACUACGCCGCUUCGUUGCCAUCGACACUGGUCAUCUCGGAGGAGAACCCACUGAACGAGCGCCCGCUUCUGCGAAACAAAUUCGAUCCCUUCUUCCACCAUGUCAACCCGGAGAUCACAAGCGUCAACAACCCGCUGCCGGAGAGCACCGAGACGAACCUCGCAUGCGAACACCUCGAGGUCAGCGGGCAAGCCUUCUUCAUCACCAAUGGCCAGCCAAUCCCUUUCUGGGAUUUCCCCCGCGCGCUUUGGGCGGCCGUCGGCACCGUCGUGCCGAAAGAGAAAACGUGGAAGCUGAGUAAAGGCGUUGGGCUCUUCCUUGCGAGUGCCGCCGAGUGGGGUUGCUGGGUCAUGGGGAAGCAGCCGCUGUUCACCAAGUACAAGGUCACGUACACGGCGUGCGCGCGUUACUACAACAUUGAGAAGGCGAGGAGGCUCCUGGGGUACGAACCGAUCGUCGGACUUGAGGAGGGCAUCAGGAGAUCCGUGCAGUGGUGGAAAGAGAGCCACCCAGAGCUCGUACAAAAGUCGUGAGCCCAUGCCGUUGCCCUACAGCGCUUGGCACACUGCAGCAUCGCAUAUGCCGUGUUCGGAUAGUGGCUGUCACCAAAAUGUGCACGAAUACCAUC